AUGAACGAUAUUCUAAAUAAAUCCUUUAAACAGGAAUAUGCACUCAACACAUAUUACAGUGAGCAACAACACCUCAAUGAUAUGCACAACUCUUUAAACUUUCUAUGUUAUGCUGACGACGUAUGUAUUCUAGCCAACUCGGAAUACAAAUUAAGAAAUAUUUUAUCAUUAUUUGUCAACAACUGUGAUGGAUAUGGUCUAAGAGGUAAUACGAUAGAAUUAGUGUCAGAUUUUAAAUACCUAGGAACCAGGAUAACGUCAUUAGGCCUCACCUUUUUAGAUACGAAAUCGAGAACGAAUAAUGCUAGACUCCGCUAUCAUCAACUGUCGAAAUUAUGGUCAUCCAAUCAAAUAUCAACUAAUUUAAAAAUAAGACUCUUCAAGUCCCUAAUUAUACCCAUUUUUACCUACGGCCUGGAGACUUGGCAAGACUCAAAAAGUAACAUCAGCACAAUUCAGACUUUUAUAAACAAAUGCCUUAGAAGAAUCACCAAAACGUAUUACCCAUACAACACAUCAAAUACAACCCUCUGGAAUAGAUGCGACAUCCUACCAAUCAAUCAUCUCAUACCCAUGAGGAGACUAGAAUUACUAGGCCAUAGCUUAAGACACUCGCAGGAAAAUAUGAUAUUUUCGUCCUUGAAAUGGUGCCAUGACGGUAGGAGGAAAACCCCUAAAUACUAUUGGUUGGCGAAAUGUCUGAAAGAUAUGGACCUGAUUAACCUUUCGUUUGCAGAUUUCAGGGCAUUUAGUAAAAACAAAAAAUACCUAAAGGAACAUUUACAAUACAUGCUAAAAUAUGGCCUAAAUUAA